AAAAAGGCUUAUGCAAGAAAAGUUAGUAUUACAAAAUCUGCUCCAUGCUCAUUCUGACGUCCUCAGUUAUAGAGGAUGUGUGACAUCCCUGCCGCUCCUGAUUGGCUGGGCUACGACCCAGAGGCGGGGCUACAACAGGCUGGCAGUGAUCGUGACUGAGUUAUGUGAGCAUGCGUGGCUUUAUGAAAGCAUAUAACCCUACCGGGGCAGUAGCUGCACGUCCAGGAGGUGUUUCGAAACGCGUCCGAGGCAUUAUUUACAUAGCCGAGGAGAAGGAGCUGUUCUCAGAGGAGUCAGACUUUCCUCAUCAGGUUUUUCUGUUUGAGCUGCUCUCCGGCUGGUCGUCUCCCGCUUCUUUGCCUGCUACAACAACACAAGCCACGGGUACGAGCCAGCGGACGUAACGCUAGCCGAGAGGGGAAGUGGGCUCCGUCUUCUCUUUCAUCGGGCAGAUGCUCCCAGCCGCCCAGCUUGACAGGAGUGAUGGGAUGUGUCAACUAGGUCAGGCACUCCUCGAUGAUGAUGAUAUUGGACUAAGGGAUCCAUCUGCAGUGUUCACACCAGAGCGAGACACAGGAGGGACUGAGGUAGAGGAAGACGGAGAUAUCGGAGAAGAAAAGAUGGGCGUGGGGAAGAACACCACUUCCAAAUCGAUGGACAGCAGCAGCGAGAGUGGGAAAUAUGAAGAGGAGGCCAAACAUGGAGCAGAUUUUUAUCCUAUUCCGGUGGUAGUAAAUGGAGUUGGUGGUGCCACUGGAGAUCAGGAUACUGAGAACACAGAGCUGAUGGCGAUCUACACCAAAGAUAAUCAAGCAGCAGAAAAGAGCUCAAUUUCCGAGACGCUCGACAGCACAGACAGCACGGAUGCAAGGAGGAUGGAUAUGAUCUAUACCAUUGAAGACACCCCACCCUGGUACUUGUGUGUGUUCUUAGGCUUACAGCACUACCUGACGUGUUUCAGCGGGACCAUCGCAGUCCCGUUCCUUCUCGCUGAGGCUAUGUGCGUCGGCUUCGAUCAGUGGGCCACCAGUCAGCUCAUUGGAACCAUCUUCUUCUGCGUGGGAAUCACCACCCUGCUGCAAACUACACUGGGCUGCAGGUUGCCUUUGUUCCAGGCGAGUGCGUUUGCCUUCCUGGCACCAGCCAGAGCCAUCCUGUCUUUGGAAAAAUGGAAGUGUAACAGCACAGAGCGCCCAUUCCUGAACGAGACCGAGCUCCUCCACACAGAGCACAUCUGGCACCCCAGGAUACGUGAGAUCCAGGGGGCGAUCAUUGUAUCAUCCCUGAUCGAGGUGUGCAUCGGAGCUCUGGGUCUGCCCGGGAUGCUGCUAAAAUACAUCGGCCCUCUGACCAUCACUCCCACUGUGGCCCUCAUUGGGCUCUCAGGCUUCCAGGCUGCAGGCGAGAGGGCUGGAAAACACUGGGGCAUUGCUAUGCUGACUAUAUUUUUGGUGCUGCUCUUCUCUCAGUAUGCCAGAAAUGUUCACUUCCCACUGCCAAUCUACAAAGCCAAGAAAGGUUGGACUUCAUACAGGCUGCAGGUUUUCAAAAUGUUUCCGAUCAUUAUGGCCAUAUUGGUGUCAUGGCUGCUGUGCUUCAUUUUUACCGUGACUGACGUUUUCCCGCCGGAGGAGAACAAGUAUGGUUUCUACGCCCGCACUGACGCACGUCAGGGAAUCCUGAAAGCUGCACCGUGGUUCAAGAUUCCCUAUCCCUUCCAGUGGGGGACUCCCACCGUCACCGCUGCAGGUGUGAUCGGCAUGAUGAGCGCCGUGGUGGCCAGCAUCAUUGAGUCAAUUGGUGACUACUACGCCUGUGCUCGCCUCUCCUGCGCUCCUCCACCCCCUAUCCACGCCAUCAAUCGGGGGAUAUUUGUAGAGGGUAUUUCCUGCGUGCUGGAUGGUGUUUUCGGGACAGGAAACGGUUCCACUUCCUCCAGUCCGAAUAUUGGUGUCCUCGGAAUUACAAAGGUGGGCAGCAGACGCGUGAUCCAGUACGGUGCUGCCAUGAUGCUGCUGCUGGGGCUUGUGGGUAAAUUCAGCGCCCUGUUUGCCUCUCUGCCCGACCCAGUCCUGGGAGCUCUGUUCUGCACCCUGUUUGGCAUGAUCACAGCAGUGGGGCUCUCCAACCUGCAGUUUGUCGACCUAAACUCAUCCAGGAAUCUCUUCGUCUUGGGCUUCUCCAUCUUCUUUGGUCUGAUGCUGCCAAGCUACCUUAAACAGAACCCGUUGGUCACUGGUAUCGUUGAAGUCGACCAAGUCCUCAACGUGCUGCUCACCACUGCUAUGUUUGUUGGAGGCUGUGUUGCCUUUAUUUUGGACAAUACUAUACCUGGUUCCUUGGAGGAACGGGGAAUCAGGAAACUGAAGCGAGGAACUGGUCUUAGCAUUGCAGAACUUGAAGGGAUGAGAUCCUAUGAUCUGCCAUUCGGAAUGGACUUCUUCCACAGAUACUCAGUCUUCAAGUACAUCCCCAUCAGCCCUGUGUUCACUGGCUACCGCUGGGGACGACUUCAGGAGAGCGGCAGGAGCAGAAUGGAUCAUGGGAAUGUGGGGAAGAGCGGAAGGGCCAGAGGGGAGUGUAGCAUUGCGCCGGGGGAGAGUCGGGUAUAGCCCACAGCCUGGGAGAGAUCCUAAAUGUGGCAGAAUUUUUAGGGAGCGAGGGAUGGUACACUAAGAUUAAAUGAUGGGAGAAUGGCGCACAGACAGAAGCUGAGCAGGAUUGUGGAAGAAAAUAUGUUGCACCAACUUCCCAGUCAGUAUGUGUUUUCUUCUACUUGUCUGUGUCUUUCCCCACUUCCCUCUAUGCUAUUUUCAAGCAUGCUAUAGCAAGUCACGGCAUGUGUUAAAAAGAUGUCACCAUGCAGAGGUCAGUCAGUGUGUGUGUGUGUGUGUGUGUGGGUGUGUGUGUGCGCGUGCGCAUUAUGCAGAAGGAUAAAACAAGCCUGGGCUUUAAUUUUCUUCCAGAAGGAGACUGACGCACAUCAGACAGGUCAGAGCUGAAUAUUUGAUGAUUUUCUGACUCCUAUUUGCUGCUAAUUUACACACCCUGCAUCGACUCAUAAAAGACCUUAUACUAAAAGCACAGCAGAGUGAAUGAAGCCAGUUGAGGAUAAUGUUGCCUCUAAACUUUGUUAUGCAACCACAUUAGUGAUACGCACACAGGCACACUCACUGACAGCCUCAGUAGAAGUAGUUUGAGCGCUACGAUCCAGGAUGUGGGGUCAUGCAGACUGAUGGAAGUAGUUUGUUAGGUGCCCCAUAGCCAUGCAAAGUGAUUGACAUUUUGUUUUUUGCACUAUCUGCCUCCUGAGUUUGAUAUUAGAAUGUCAUUUUAAUCUUAGUCCUUUUUUCUUUAUUCAUUUAGAAGCACAUCACAUCCCUUUUUUAUAUUCACAAAAUAUCACAAACAUUUGGGCUAAAGGAUCACUAAAAGUUCCAGUUUACAUGUCCUUACCAUGUCAGUAUUAUGCAGAAGAUCCUAACUGACAGUCAGGCCUUCUUAAUGGAGCUGUUGAAUUGAAUUAAAGUGACUCUAAAUUAUUUUGGAGCUAAACAGAUGUUAGUUUGGUUACAUUUCUUUGCUUUAUUUGUCAGUUUGAGCUUUCAAAAUGAAGCAGUACCUUUCCAAAAGCUAUGACGACGCACAGCAACAGACAUGUGAUCUUGUCGUGUAGACUUCGUGUACAUAAGGCUUGGAGCGGGUUAAUGCAGUUGAAUGCUCUUUAAAGAGGAGCGCCAGACAUACCUGAUCUUAAGGAUUUUGUCACUUUUUUUUUGCAUCAAGGUGCUGCUGUUAACUUUCCAUGCAUUUCAACUCCCAGUGCAGUCUGCAUCUAAAUGUCUUGAAUUCCAGCUGUUCUCAUUACAAUACAAUGUAGAAAUUUAAAAUAAUAAUACUCCUUGAAUUUUUCAGGAUUUUUCACAUGUAAACCCCAAUUUUUAUUUUAUUUGGGUUUUUUGUGAUAGAACGGCACAAAGUAGGGCAUUAUUGUGAGUUGGGGAAAAAAAUUGAUUAAAUUUUUUUUCCCCAAAUGUUUUACGAAUAAAAACCUGAAAAGUGUGGCUUGCUUUAGUAUUCAGCGCCUCAGAGUCAAUUUUUUGUAGAACCAUCAAUUGCAGCUGUACAUCUUUUAGUGUUUGAAUCAGCUUUGCACACGUGAGACUGAAACUUGCCCAUUCUUCUUUGCAAAAUAAUUCAAACUUAGUCAGGUUAGACGGAGAGUAUCAGUGAACAGCAGUUUUUAAGUAUUCCCACAUACUAUUAAAUUUAGGUCUAGGUCAUUCUAACACAUAAGCUUUGAAUAAACUUUGAUCUAAACCCUUCUACUGAAGCUCUGGCUGUAUGUUUAGGGUCGUCCUGCUGGAAGAUAAACACCCAACCCCCAGUCACAUGUCUUGUGCAGCAUCUAACGGGUUUCCUUCAAGGACUUACUGUAUUUAUCUCUAUUCAUCAUUCCAUUAAUUGUAACCAACUUCCCCAUAUCUUUUUAAAGAAAAGCAUCCCAUGGCAUGAUGCUGCCACCACCAUGUUUCAUUGGGUAUGUGGCGUGUUCAGGGUGAUGUUCGUUUUCCUCAUCACAUUGCAUUUUGCAUGUAGGCUAAAAGGUUCAGUUUUGGUCUCAUUUGACCACAUGUUUACUGUGUCUCCUACAUAGCCUGCAGAGGGUACCUCCUACAGCUUUCUGUCAACUUUGACAUUCUUACAACUCUUGAAAAAAGGCCAAAUUCUCCCGGUGCAUCACUAAUAGUUGUCCUGCCAGCAGCUACUCUCUUUCCGGAGCUGUGGAAUCUCUGCAGCUCCUCCAGAGCUAAUAUGGGCCUCUUCAGGCCUCCACAGAACAGCUGGAUUGCUACUGAAGUUAAAUUACACACAAUUGGACACUAAAUUUGUAUAACCAAAAGUAUUCAGAAGUAACCUACCUAAUAAAUAAAGGGAACUAAAUACAAAUGCAUCCCACACGUUUCAGAUUUUUAUUAUUUGCAUUAAAUACAUUGGUUUUGUUGCUACGCGACAAAAUGUGUAAAGGUUCAAGUGGUAUGAACAGUUAUGCACUGCACUGCUAUUGAAUGCUCCUCCCCUCUCCUCAUCCUCCUCAAAUUAACUGCUGAUAGUUAUAGUUAGACCAUAUAAGCAGAGCUGUGGCCCUAAAGAGUAAGUCUGUAAUCUGAACACACUGUGUGGAUCUAUUGCUUUAACUGAAGAUGUGUUCAGUUAUAAAAUAUUGAACUUAGUUUCAUCAAACCAAAAUGUUAAUUUUGCUCUUUUUGCAAUUCUGUCUUCUUGUUGCAGAAAACCAAAACUUUAAAAGUUGAAGUUUUUGUUACUACUGAGAUCCUUCCCCUCUUUUCUUUCUAAUUGAAGCAGUUUUUAUUUAUUUUGAUAUUUUGCAGCAGAUUAGUGUGUCUCAAUGUCAGCACAGUUUUAAAACGUAUUUAUCAGUUUACAUGCCGUGAUUUGAUACUCCCUGGCUACAGCUUCAGCACUUUUUGUUUGUCGUUUUUCUUGUCAGAUUUAUGUUGCUUCUAAUCCAUUCCAUGUAUAGCUGCUGGUAUUUAAAGGCAGGAAGAUGACACAUUCAGAGGUUUGACUGAAUUGUUCAGAUUUUAGAGUCGGGGCCUGUUUUAAAUUUUUUUUUUUUUACUCUAAGUGCUUGCACAUAAAGUGGUGCCAACAUCAGGGUCCAAGUAGGCAAUUCUCACUAACCUGGACUCUGAGAUGUAGUGCGUACUCCUUCAUCAGAUUUAUUGAAUGACAAGUCGCUGAAUGUCUUUAGGGGCUUUUUUUAUUUGUUGCUAUUAGGAUUUGAUUAUAGAAACGGUCCUGUAGUGACUUUACUGAUUUCCCUCUAAAAAGGUGUUCUUCCCUUUUUAUCCAGAAGUGAUUUAAUCUCUUAGACUUUUAUUCUAGUGUAAAAUCAACCAACAUCUGCACAGACUCCUAUGCUUUACUACAUGUUAGAUUUUAGUUUGACUAGGAUCAGACCACUGCUGGUGCUGAUGAGAGAUCAUCUGAUUUGUGUAGUUAAACUGCCUCCCAGGGCUGAGUUCCUCUACAGAAACGGGGAUGAUCAAACACUUACCUGGAUGUGUGGUUAGCUCUCUGUUGGCUCUUUUUGGAAAGCCAAACCAGAUCUUUUGUGAAAUCGAUAACUGGUUCUAGCAGCGGCAAUGAUUAACCACUACUUUGGUAGAAACAUCUUCUCAGAUGCAGCAGGCGUAGUUUAUAGAAACAGGCCGGCACUCCAAACCCUGACAGCGGUUUUAAGGUUCAGGGUAAAUCAGCUGUCAGGGUUGAAGGUUCAGGGUAACAUAAUGGAAGUAUUCCUUCACAAGUUCUGUUUCACAGAGUUUUUAGGCUGUUACAAACAUUUUAAAGCUAGGUGUUUUUAAUAACGGCAAUUUCAUAUCAUCACUUUGUCUUCAGGCUUUCUAAAGUCAUAUUUGUAACAUUAUUUAUUAACAUAAAGUACUACACUGAUCCAAAAUGCAGUAAUGUUGUGAAUUUAUGCAUAUAAAUGCAAUUUCCAGUCACGUGACAGAAUCUUGAUGAAUCUGUGUAAAUGUUGAAUUUAAACACUCGUUACAUCUAGAGCUGCACAAUAUACCGAAACAGUUAGCGCAAUGUCUAUAUUUUUAAAAUCGCAUUCUCAAAAGACUGCGGUGAAACAAUAUUUGAUAACAAAAAAUAUUUCAAGUAUUAUGCAUGCAAUUUCUGCAUGCCAGUAAUGCAUCUGGCGUUUUGGAGGGACUUACACUGUCCUCAAUGCCCACAUUUGGUUUAUUUUUAGUGGUUGCGAUGUUAAAGCUCAUAAAGAGUGGUGGGGAAUGAAUGGAUUAACCACAAUGUUCAGCAAUCAUGUGUUCACCUAAUAUCGUGCAGCCCUAGUUCAACUAAAUAUUAGAUGAGAUCUGAUUAUCAUCCUGGGUAAGAUGGAAGAAACGAACAAGAAAGCUGAAGAGACGAAAGAGGCUGUAGAUGGAAAUCUUCACCAUCCUCAUCAUCAGAACUUAAAAACAAAGCAUUGAUGAUGAUGAGGAGUCUGGUAUUCACCCAGCAGCUGGUGGUGGUGACAGGUUGAGAGCAGUGAUUGGCUGGUACAUCGCCUCUGGCGGAUUGACGGCGGAUGGUGUUUUACUUCUCCGUUUUUGCUGUGAAAUCUUCAGAACAUGGCAUGCACACGAUUAUAACCUGCACAACCUCGUUUGCUCUUUCAGAAAAUUGCAACUUGCACAUCUCCCAUCACGUUCUCUCCCCUCUCCCUUUAUACUGUCCGUUUCCCUCCCAACCGCCGCAGUCCUGCAGCGAAACUAUAUCUCAGUCCCGUCAUGUUUGGUGUACCUGGUUUUCUCUCCCAGGAAUUCCCUCCGUAUGUUUCCAGAUGCAGGAGGACAACACCUGCUGGCCACCUCUUAAUAAGAUCCAGUAGUUUAACAUCUGAGUGAGCCUGCCUUAUGUCUGAUGACGUCAGAAUGAUCAAUAGUUAAAUAGUCAACUCCAACUUUCAUUCCUUUCUUAUAUUCAGAGUCUGAACACAAGUGUCUACAUGUAGUUGUUCUAGAAGUAGCCCAGUACCAGUAAAAACAGGUGCUCUGGCUUUAGGUCCAUUGAAGUCACUUCAAUCAGCUGCUGGCUCUUGAGAAGGUAACCAUGAGGUGACAGUGAAGACAUUGAUCCCUUUCAGUUAUUUUGAAGGGGGCUCUCUGCCUGAAGAUUAUACUUUUUGUGUAAAAGUGUUUAAUCUUUUUCAAUGUCUGUUUUUCUUUUUAUACAUUAUUUUUAUGUUUUUGCAAAUAGAUAUUGGUAAAAGUACUAGAAUCAUAACUUUUAAUCUUAAAUCAUGCUGGAAAACGCACCAUCUUGUACGUUUUAUUUAAAACGGACAUGUUUGAAGCUGUUUGUAAUCUGUGGUUUUGGUGAAAUCCUUUUCUCUUAGGACCUUUUUUCAUACUAUUUUUUUCUACUCUUUGAACAUUGCUUUCUGUUCGUUAUACAUCACCUGUAUAAAUCAAAGAACAAGCUGAGAAACUUUAAAUAGAUGUAAAGACAAACAGAAACAUGUAUAUUUAAUGUUUGCUGAACAGUCUGGAGAAAUUGUGUAAACUACUUGUAACAUUAAAAUGAUUUAUUCUUCUUUCCUUGAACUAUUUAAUAAGAUGUUAAAGAAUAAAUCAGUCCUUUUUUCUGUCCAA